ACUUACAGCCGGUUUCCGAAACGUUAUUCAAAUCUUCGAUCAUCUAAUCGAGCUGUUAGAUUUGAUCAACUGUUAACCAGUGACGAGUUUCUCAAACGUCGAUCAUCUUAAAAUUAUAUGAUCGUAGAAAAUCGAUUAUCUGACAUACGAUUUGGUAUCGAUACUGUCACAAUCGGCUGUCAUCCUUCAAAAUUUCAUUUUAUAACCAAAAAAUUUCAAUCCAUAGUAAAUAACUACAUAAUUUAUAUAAUUAAAAAAUAUAUUAAAAAUGAGCAAUACAAACGGAAAUCCUCCACGCAAAAAUUAUACUGAGAGAGAGAGAGAGAAAUGUUUGCUGUUGGAAAUAAUUGGAAAAUACAAGCAUAUUAAAUUGAAAACAAAUAAUGUACCAAUGCUAUGUCCACCAACCAAAACAAUGAAACCUGGGAAAAAUAGCGCUGAAUUUCCCAGAACUCCCAAGCAGCUGAACACUGCAUAUAUAAACUUAAAAAGGGUCACUAGCCAAAAAGUAGCAGAGGAAAAUAUUCAAAAAUAUAAUGAGCAGAAGGUUUUGGACCAGUUGAAGAGAGACCAAACUGCGGACAAAAAAGACAUACUUGCAACAGGUGGUGGCACAUUUAGGCCUCGUCUCACAGAUGUAGGGGCACAAAUGUUGAGUUUGAUUGGCAAUCAAAUCCAACCUUUACCCAACAGUUGUGACAGUGCAUCUGGUUUCUUCACAUCUGUUGCACAAGACAGUCAAGUGGAAGUAGAUUACCUACAAUUGGAAGACACAUAGCAGACAUCCAAUGUACCCUCUACUUCCACUGUGCUGCUCAGUACACCCACGACAACUGCUGUCCUGCCCAAGAAGACAGCCAAGAUGUCUCAGGCUCGUUCAAAAAAUAAAAAAGUAAAAGAUGUAGGGAGCGAAACCCUUAAUGUAUCUUUUACAAAAAAAAUUGAAACAGCAAGACUAGAAAAAAGAAGUAAGAUAGUAUUUUUCAACAAGAAAAAAAGAAAUUUUAGAAGUAGAGCUUCAAAUAAAAAAAUUCGAUGUCAAUAAAUUAUUCGGUAAUAGUGGUUAGGUAUGUACCUAAUAAAGUAAUUUUAAAUAAAAAUUGUAAUUUCUUUAAAUAAUAAAAUUAAUAAAAAAUG